GCGCGCUCGGUUGUGUGUCGGUGAUCAGCAGUAGCGGUAGUGGGAGGAGAAGGAGAGCGGGACAGAGAGCGCAGCGCCGCCGAGCUUCAGUGUCUCUCCGCGCGGAAAAACCCAGCCCGACCCGGCCCGACCCUCCAGCGCGUCUCUCUCAGCCCCUGCGCGGCGGACAGAUCAGGAUGUCCAGUGAGGUCCAGGCGAGGCCGGACGACAGUCCGAACACCAGCGGGGGAAGUUCAGACGCUGAGCAGAGGGAGGUAGUUCCUCCGGAUCAGCCUGAGGAGCGAGAGCGCGAUCCGGCUCCACCUAAAAAGAAGGAGGCGAAGAUCUCCAGCAAGACCGCUGCUAAACUCUCCACCAGCGCCAAGAGGAUUCAGAAGGAGUUAGCGGAGAUCACGCUGGAUCCACCUCCCAACUGCAGUGCUGGUCCAAAAGGAGAUAACAUCUACGAGUGGAGAUCCACCAUCCUGGGUCCUCCAGGCUCUGUGUACGAGGGAGGAGUCUUCUUCCUCGACAUCGCCUUCACUCCAGACUACCCCUUCAAACCCCCCAAGGUGACGUUCCGUACGAGAAUCUACCACUGCAACAUCAACAGUCAGGGCGUGAUCUGUCUGGACAUCCUGAAGGACAACUGGAGCCCCGCCCUCACCAUCUCCAAGGUCCUGCUGUCCAUCUGCUCCCUGCUGACAGACUGCAACCCUGCCGAUCCUCUGGUGGGAAGCAUCGCCACACAGUACCUGACCAACAGAGCAGAACACGACAGGAUAGCCAAACAGUGGACCAAACGCUACGCCACAUAAACCACCCAACCCUCCUGUACUGCUGUGCCUCCUGCAUCCCUAAAAGAAAGCACACCCGGCCCUGGAUCCAGACGUUCCCAGAUGUUCCCAGAUGAUGUUCCCCCGCCCAUCCCCCUCCCCGUCCCUAAACAAUGAACUGUCCUUUGUUUUUUCUUGUUGACUUGAAGGCUUUUUUAUACAGUAAAUGUAUACUAAGAGCAGAUCAGGAUUGUACUUUUUUCCAGUGCGCUGAAUGUUGGCAUGGUCAUCAAAAGCUUUAUUAUUAUUUGUAAUGUUUUUUUAAUGUGUUUAAUGAUGGAAUAUAAUCUGCUUUAUUAUUGAGAAGAGGGUGAACUGCACUCUAUGGUUUCUCUUCUGGAUCUUCUGGCCUUUCUUCUCCUCUGGGAAGACGACACUCGAGCUGAAGACCAGGCGCUCAUCACUGAAUCUCCUCUUCUUUUUCUCCAUUAAAGUGGAUUUUUUAUUUCUGAUUGGUGUUUUAAGUCCAGAUUUCUCCCCAGAUUUCUCCGUGUUGUUUAUGUGGAACACUACGGCACUGGCCUGUUUAUCUUGAGAAGCCCUGUACCAGUUCAGUAUAUCAGUGGGCCUGCUGCUCGCCACGUGCCGCCAUUGGCUGUUUGUUGUUAAAUGCACAUUGUGAGGGAAAACUCAGUCGAUACUCAACUGUUAAACAACUGAGUGAAUAAAUGAGGUGUUGAGCUGA